UGCCAGUAGAGUGGAUGAAAAUGAGAUGCUGGAAGUUCAAGUGUUCAACUACAGCAAAGUCUUCACCAACAGAGUCAUUGGAACCUUCAAGAUGGUUCUACAGAAGGUGGCGGAGGAGGGCCAGCUAGAGGUGACAGACACACUCAUCGACGACAACAACACCGCCAUCAGGACCAGUGUUACCAUAUACAUCAAGUACACGACCAUGGAUGGGACUGUGGGGGUUUGGAGUGACGGAGAAUUCCUGGACAUUCCGGGUGACCCGGAGGGAACGUUCCAGUUUGAGACGGACAGUCUGCUCUCCGGACACAGCCAGGGGUCAGGAGUGUCACCGGGGCGAUCCAUCCAUGGAAUCCCCACUUUUAGGAAAGCGGGGAAGGGGGUAUUCUCAGCCAUGAAGCUCGGCAAGACCAAGAGCUCCAAGGAUGACCACAAGAAAGAUGAGCCAGCCAUCUUGGACAUGGAGGAUCUGAACAGGAAGGCCAUGCGUCUGGGAGGGGUGGGGGGUCUGGACCCAGACUGCAUCUCCCUGGCCUCCGUCACUGCCGUCACCACCAAUGUCUCCAACAAGAGAUCAAAGCCUGAUAUCAAGAUGGAGCCUAGUUCUGGGAGGCCUGUGGAUUACCAGAUUAGCAUCACAGUCGUUGAGGCCAGGCAGCUGGUUGGCCUUAACAUGGACCCUGUGGUCUGUGUGGAGAUUGGGGACGACAAGAAGUACACCUCCAUGAAGGAGUCCACUAACUGCCCCUACUACAAUGAGUAUUUUGUCUUUGACUUCCACGUCCCACCAGAUGUCAUGUUUGACAAGAUCCUGAAGCUCUCAGUGAUCCACUCUAAGAACCUGCUGCGAAGUGGCACCUUAGUUGGCACUUUCAAGUUGGAUGUUGGCACAGUCUACUCCCAGCCUGAGCACCAAUUCUACCGCAAGUGGGCCACACUGUCUGACCCUGAUGACAUCACAGCCGGCUGCAAAGGUUACAUCAAGUGUGACAUCGCCAUGGUGGGGAAGGGGGACAACAUCAAGUCUCCCCACAAGGCCAACGAGACGGAUGAAGACGACAUAGAAGGGAACCUCCUUCUUCCGGAGGGCGUUCCCUUGGAGAGGCAGUGGGCGCGGUUCUACGUGAAGAUCUACCGAGCCGAGGGCCUUCCCAAGAUGAACACCAGCAUCAUGGCCAACGUUAAGAAGGCCUUCAUAGGGGAGAACAGAGACCUGGUGGACCCCUACGUACAAGUGCUCUUCGCCGGACAGAGAGGGAAGACGUCGGUCCAGAAGAGUAGUUAUGAGCCGAUCUGGAAUGAGCAGGUGGUCUUCACGGAGAUGUUUCCUCCGCUCUGCAAACGCAUGAAGGUCCAGAUAAGAGACUCCGACAAAGUCAAUGACGUCGCCAUAGGAACACACUUCAUUGACCUGCGAAAGAUCGCCAACGAUGGCGACAAAGGGUUCCUGCCAACCAUGGGCCCAGCCUGGGUCAACAUGUAUGGCUCCACCCGCCAGUAUACUCUGAUGGAUGAGCACCAGGACUUGAAUGAGGGGCUGGGGGAAGGCGUGUCCUUCAGGGCCCGCCUCCUCAUCUCCGUUGCCGUGGAGAUCCUGGACACCACCUCCACGGAGAUUGUAAGCUCCACCGAGGUGCAGGUGGAGCCUGUCUCUAACAUCUCAGAGAGUGUCACAGGGAAAAUAGAGGAAUUCUUCCUGUUUGGUUCCUUCCUGGAGGCCACCAUGAUCGACAGGAAGAUCGGCGAUAAGCCAAUCAGCUUCGAGGUCACAAUAGGCAACUACGGCAACCAGAUAGAUGGAGUGAGCAAGCCCUCGGCAGCUAAGAAGAAGAAGAAAGAGGGAGGAGGAGGAGGAGGAGGAGGAGGAGGAGGAGAGAGUGAUGAGGAGGAGUCAGAGCUGAUCCAGCAGAACUCCAGUGAGGACGAGGCGGAUGAUGAUGGGGACCUGGUGUCUGUGUCCUCCACCCCUCCCAUGAAACCUGUCAUCACAGACAGGAACUACUUCCACCUGCCCUACUUUGAGAAGAAGCCGUGUAUCUACAUCAAGAGCUGGUGGCAGGACCAAAGGAGACGACUUUACAAUUCCAACAUCAUGGACAAGAUCGCUGACAAACUGGAGGAGGGUCUGAAUGACGUGCAGGAGAUCAUUAAGACAGAGACAGCCUAUCCAGAGCGCAGACUCAGAGGGGUGCUGGAGGAACUCGGCACUGGCUGCAAUCGUUUCGUCACGUUGGCCAACAAGGACCAGAACCAGGCAGGCAGAACCAAACUGGACAAAGAGAGACUCAAGUCCUGCAUGAGAGAGAUGGAGAGCAUGGGCCAACAGGCCAAGCUGAUUCGCUCCCAGGUGAAGAGGAACACAGUGAGAGACAAACUGAAGAUGGUUCAGAACUUCCUGCACAGGCUACGUUUCCUUGCCGACGAGCCCCAGCACAGUAUCCCGGAUGUGUUUGUAUGGAUGAUGAGUAACAGCAAGCGUAUCGCCUACGCCCGCAUCCCCUCCAAAGACAUCCUCUACUCCAUCGUAGACGAGGAGACAGGCAAGGACUGUGGCAAGGUCAAAGCUGUCUUCCUCAGGCUGCCUGGUAAGAAGGGGUUUGGUCCAGCGGGGUGGACAGUGCAGGCUAAGAUGGAGAUGUACCUGUGGCUGGGCCUCAACAAACAAAGGAAGGACUUCCUGUCUGGCCUGCCCAACGGCUUUGAAGAGAACAAGGCUCCCAGGACAGGCUCUUGUCUGCAGUCUUUACCCCCAAUCAGUCUGGUUUAUAACAUGAAGCAGGUGUUCCAGCUGAGGGCUCACAUGUACCAGGCCAGGAGUCUAUUUGCUGCAGACAGCAGCGGCCUGUCGGACCCCUUCGCCAGGGUCUUCUUCUCCACUCACAGCCAGGUCACUGAGGUCCUGAGUGAGACUCUGUGCCCUACGUGGGAUCAGCUGCUGGUGUUUGAUGAUGUCGAGCUGUUCGGGGAGGCCGGCGAGCUACGAGACGACCCGCCUAUCAUUUGGGGACCUAUCAUUGUGGUAGAGGUCUACGACCAGGACACUGUGGGCAAGGCAGAGUUCAUUGGCCGGACGUUUGCUAAGCCCAUCACUAAGAUGUGUGACGAGCACUACGGCCCCCCAAGGUUCCCCCCUCGGCUCGAGUACUACCAGAUCUACCGUGGUAACUCUACCGCCGGUGACCUACUGGCUGCCUUCGAGCUGCUACAGAUUGGGCAAGGGGGGAGMGCGGAGCUUCCUGCCAUCAAUGGUCCGACAGACUCAGACCGUGGACCCAUCCUCCCUGUGCCAAUGGGCAUCAGACCUGUCCUAAGCCGUUAUCGCAUAGAGGUUCUGUUCUGGGGCCUGCGGGACCUGAAGAGGGUGAAUUUGGCACAGGUGGACAGACCCAGGGUGGACAUAGAGUGUGCAGGGAGAGGAGUCCAGUCGGCACUCAUCGUGAACUUCAAAAAGAACCCCAACUUCAGCACACUGGUCAAGUGGUUCGAGGUGGACCUGCCAGAGAACGAGCUGCUCCACCCUCCUCUUAACAUCCGGGUAGUGGACUGCAGGGCGUUUGGCCGAUACACCCUGGUGGGUUCCCACGCCGUCACCAGCCUACGACGCUUCAUCUACAGCCCCCCAGACAAGACGCAAAACAACUGGGCCAGCACAGCUAGACUGAUGAAUGGCUACAUGGUCCUGACCAACGGGGGGUCCCAAUCUCGCCCCUCCUCCCCUUACUCCCGCACCCUGCCCCGCACCCUCUCUCACCCCACAGGUGAUGCCAUAGUCAACAUGGAUGCCAACCCCUCAGUCAGGAAAAUGGACACGGUGGUCAAGUUAGAUGCUUCGUCUGAUGCAGUAAUUAAAGUUGAUGUGAAUGAGGAGGAGAAAGAAGAGAAGACAAAGAAGAAGAAGAAGAAGAAGAAGGGAGAGGUGGAGGAGGACGAUGAGACCGACGAGAGAAUGCUGGACUGGUGGUCCAAAUAUUUUGCUUCCAUAGAGACACUGAUGGAGAUCCUCAGGGCCCAGGAGGCAGCUCUGGCUGAGGCUGAGGAGAGGGAGGAGCAGGAGAUAGCAGCAGAGGGAGCAGAUAUCAAACCUGAUGACCACCCUGUAAAAGGCUCCAAGGGGAAGGAGAAGAGCCGAGACAAGAGCAGGAACAAGGAGAAGAAGAAGAGCCACCAUGCAGGAGAGGGGACAGAGAAACGCCCCAGCAAACCCAAAGUGAACGAGCUGCUGGUGUACAACAAGGAGUUGGAGGCAGAGUAUGAUAACUUUGAGGACUGGCUCCACACCUUCAACCUGUACAGAGGGAAGGCAGGGGACGACGAUGAAGCAGCCCUGGAUGACGACAGGAUCGUGGGCAGAUUCAAGGGCUCCAUGUGCAUGUACAAGUUGCCUCUGUCUGAGGAGAUCACCCGGGAGGUGGGCUUUGACCCUAACAUGGGCAUGUUCCAGAGCAUUCCACACAAUGACCCAAUCAAUGUGCUGGUGCGCGUCUUCGUAGUCAGGGCCACAGACCUCCAUCCUGCUGAUGUCAAUGGGAAAGCGGACCCCUACGUCGUCAUCAAACUGGGCAAGUCAGAGCUGAAGGAUAAAGAGAACUAUAUCUCCAAACAGCUCAACCCUGUCUUUGGCAAGGCGUUUGACAUGGAGGCUACGUUCCCCAUGGAGUCCAUGUUGACCGUGUCAGUGUACGACUGGGAUCUGGUGGGCACUGAUGACCUCAUCGGGGAGACCAAGAUCGACCUGGAGAACCGCUACUAUAGCAAACACAGAGCUACCUGUGGCAUCGCUAACAACUACUCUGUGCAUGGUUACAACAUGUGGCGUGACCCCAUGAAGCCAAGCCAGAUCCUGGCCAAGCUCUGUAAGGAGGGCAAGCUGGACGGACCCCACUACGGCCCCGGGGGAAGGGUCAAGGUCGCCAACCGUAUCUUCAUGGGUGCCACAGAGAUCGAGGAUGAGAACGGUCUAAAGAAGCAGACAGAUGAGCACCUGGCCCUGACGGUGCUGAAGCACUGGGAGGAGAUCCCUAGGGUGGGCUGUAAACUCAUCCCAGAGCACGUCGAGACAAGACCCCUGCUCCACCCUGAGAAACCUGGCAUCGAACAGGGGCGGAUUGAGAUGUGGGUAGACAUGUUCCCCAUGGACAUGCCAGCACCUGGACCCGCCAUCGACAUAUCACCACGGAAACCAAAGAAAUAUGAGCUCAGGGUGGUUAUAUGGAAUACAGACGAAGUAAUACUCGAGGACGAUGAUUACUUCACUGGGGAAAAGUCCAGUGACAUAUUUGUCAGGGGGUGGCUGAAAGGGCAGCAGGAGGACAAACAGGACACAGACGUCCACUACCACUCUCUGACYGGCGAGGGGAAUUUCAACUGGCGCUUCGUGUUCCCCUUUGACUACCUGAUGGCCGAGGAGAAGAUUGUCAUCUCUAAGAAGGAGUCCAUGUUCUCCUGGGAUGAGACAGAGUACAAGAUCCCUGCACGCCUCACCCUGCAGGUCUGGGACGCUGACCACUUCUCCGCUGAUGACUUCCUAGGUGCGAUAGAGCUGGACCUGAACAGGUUUCCCCGUGGGGCGAAGACAGCCAAGCAGUGUUCCAUAGGCAUGGUCCAGAAUGAGGCUGAGCUGCCAUGCAUUUCCAUCUUCAAACAGAAGAGAGUCAAGGGCUGGUGGCCAUUCAUGGCCCGCGACGAAAACGAUGAGAUGGAACUCACGGGUAAAGUGGAGGCGGAGCUUCACCUGAUGUCGGCUGAGGAAGCGGAGAAAAGUCCUGUUGGUCUGGGACGCAAUGAGCCUGACCCUCUGGAGAAACCAAAUCGCCCGGACACCAGUCUCAUGUGGUUUGUGAACCCUCUGAAGUCCAUCCGCUACUUCYUCUGGCACAACUACCGCUGGCUGAUCCUCAAGGCCCUGGGCCUGCUGCUGCUGCUGCUCCUGCUCGGGCUCUUCCUCUACUCCUUCCCUGGCUACCUGGUCAAGAAGAUGCUGGGGGCCUGAGAGAAUGUCGACCCACCAGGGCCACCGGUAGCCCCUUCUCUCUGUCCUAUCCUAGCCCCUCCU